UAUAUAUAUAUAUAUAUAUUAUGCAUAUGUGUGUAUUAUACACACAAAAUGCUGCAAUCGAGGCAUUCACGGGAAUAGCAUUUUCUAGAGAGAGAGAGAAUGAGAUUGAUCUGAAAGCAGCCUUAACUAAUUCCCCGCUCUCUACGUGAGCUGCAAAUGCGUGCUUGUGCGUGUAUUUAAGUUAUAAGUCGGCGUGGCGGAGAGGAGCGAUCGUCGAUUGCCGAUCGCCAUCACAAUUCGAAUGCUGCUGCUUUUGGAAGAGUGUUUGAGGAUUGAAAUCCUGAAAUACUAGGACGAGAAAUGCCAGAAAUAGUUUUGGUUCAUGAAGAUGGAAGGGGAGAUAGAUUUGGUCAUGAGAUCAUGUCUGAGGAUGAUAAAAGGAGGCGUCGGAUGAGAUCUUUGAGGAAAAAGGCAAUGAAUCCUUCAACAAGGACUGUGUGGGAGUCGAGGAAACGUGGACAGAGGGUGCAUUGCCUGUUUGCCUCAGUUUGUACCGAAGAGUUUCUGGAUAAGGAGGAAGAGAUAGUGGUUAAUGCAUUUCGUCGAGCUUUGGUAGAAAGGGACAUGCUUCUGGCUCAUUAUGAUGAUUACCAUACUAUGUUGAGAUUCUUAAAAGCAAGAAAGUUUGACCUUGAUAAAACAGUACAGAUGUGGGAAGAAAUGUUGAAUUGGAGGAAAGAAAAUGGAGUAGACACUAUAAUUCAGGAUUUCAUAUAUGAGGAAUUUGAAGAAGUUCAGCUAUAUUAUCCUCAUGGUUACCAUGGUGUUGAUAAAGGAGGACGACCUGUAUACAUCGAAAGACUUGGGAAAGUUGAACCUAGUAAACUAAUGAAUGUCACCACUGUCGAUAGAUUCUUGAAAUAUCACGUCCAAGGUUUUGAGAAAGCUUUUGCAGAAAAGUUUGCAGCAUGCUCUAUUGCUGCCAAGCGCCAUAUUGAUUCAACAACAACUAUCCUGGACGUACAUGGGCUGAAUUGGAUGAGUUUUGGAAAGAUUGCACGUGAUCUAGUAAUGCGCAUGCAGAGAAUUGAUAGUAGCAACUACCCUGAGACAUUGCAUCAAAUGUUCAUAGUUAAUGCCGGUGGUGGAUUUAAGUGUGUAUGGAAUUGGGCAAAAGGCUUCCUUGAUCCAAGGACCACUGCAAAAAUACAUGUGUUAGGUACCAAAUUCCAGGACAAGCUAUUGGAAGUCGUCGAUUCUAGUCAAUUGCCAGAUUUUCUUGGUGGAUCCUGCUCGUGUCCAAAUGAAGGUGGAUGUCUUGGAUCCAACAAGGGACCUUGGAAUGAUACACAACUGAUGAAGUUAGUUCAUGCUUUGCAUGAAGGUGAAGAUUUAAGAGUAAAACUGGCUGAUCCCCAGGACCUUGGUAACGAAACAUUUCCAGUUAGCUUCUCUGGUAGUGAAAAUUCCAAAAUCAAGCCGAUUGAUAUGAAGGAAUCAAGGAAUGAAAUUGCUUCAUCUUCUAUUUCAAGAAAAUGUGCUUAUGAUACCAGGGAAUCAACGCUUUCCCUCAGUAAUAACGAAAUAUCACAGAGAUCAGAAUUGGAUAUUUUGGGUGAUAGAUAUGAAGCUAGCCGUCCAUCAAAUUUGGCUGGUGUUAUUGCAGAACAAAGGUUGCUGAAGGGAUCUCUCUCUGCCAUAGUGACGGGUGUUAUGCUCAGAUUACUCACAUGCUUGUGUAUACUUGGUGGUUUGUUCAGAAGAUUCUUUAAGAUGGAAAACAUGGAAACGGUAUUAGAAAACCAAAGAACAGAAGUUAGAAACUCGAAUUCUCAAGAACAAGAUGGGCAUCGAAAGAACGAGGAGCUUCUCCACCCCUGUUACCAGAAGUUGCAGCAUCUAGAGAAUAUGGUAAAUGAACUUUCGAAAAAACCUGCAAAAAUUCCAUCUGAGAAAGAGGACAUGAUUCAUGAAUCUCUCAGUCGCAUAAAAUCCAUCGAAGUUGACUUGCAGAAGACAAAGAAAGCAUUGCUUGCGACAGCAUCAAAACAAAUGGAGCUAUCUGAGUCAAUAGCGACAAUAAAGGAGAAUAAUUUAAAUGGGAGUCAAAGUUGUUGGCUACGAAGUAGCAAGUCUCUACCCCGAGGAACCUGAAUAACUUCAGAACCAGCCUCUGUAUUCGUUACCGCAUUGAUCUUUGUUCUUUCACACCUAACUUUUUAAGCUAGGAUUGUCUUUACCAACAUUUCAGCUGAUCACAUUCUUGAGAUGUAUAUUGGAGGAAUUCACAUAAUCUCCCACAUCCCAGUAUCGGCUGUACAAAGGAUACACACACACACACACACAAGUUGAAGAAAUGAGAUUGAAGAACAUUGUUUUAUAAGUUUUCUUUGCUUAGUUAUUGUAAAAACGUUCUCACCAUAAAUUUGAAGUAGUGCAACUUUUAUCUACAUUUUAUUUCUCUUUAUUACUAUCAAAGUCAUUAACGCCAUUUCCUAGGAAUUUACAUUUAGCAUCACAAAUAUGUAAUACUACCUCCUUAUUUCUUUCCGUUCUAUAUAGAGUUCCAUUUCUGUCCCA